GUUUCGUAACUUUUAUAUUUCAGGAAGCUCCUUGCGAUCUGUCAGGCGAGAAACGGGAUUACGGAUGUGACGAUACGAUGACGCGAGAUCCGCAACGACGGAGAGAUCAUUCUCGCGCUGUAAAUCGGUGGAUCCCGAGGAUGGUCCUCCAGAUCCUGUUAAUACAGAAUUUCGUUACAUUUAAAGCCGUAGCUCAAAUAGCCGAAUGUCCGCCAUCGGAAACAAUUCCGGGUUGUCCUUGUUAUAAUUUUGAGGACGGUCUCUUUCUAGAAUGCGCUGGCGCUACAGAAGAAACUUUAAGAACAACAUUACAAGGCGUGCUAAGUAUAAGUGGCACGGACACGAUGGUACAGUCAUUGAGUGUUUACGAGCUUGAUAAGAGCAUCGAGGAACUGAGGGAGGACGCUUUUCCGUCCGGAUCGCAAAUCAGGCAUCUUCAAAUUUCACAUUCAUCGUUACGGGAAAUAAGCGAGAGCGCCUUCACAAAUCUGAAGGACAGCUUGGAAUCUUUGGCACUGGUUUCCGGUCGCUUACCUCACGUGCCUCAAAAAUCACUGGCCGAGCUACGAAAACUUGCCGCUCUGGAUCUCGAGACGAAUUUGAUACAGGAUCUCUCGUCCUACUGCUUUUACGGCUUGAAGUUAAUGAAGUUGACCUUGAAGGGUAAUCAGAUAUCGAAAAUUUCCGAAUACGCGUUCGCGGGUCUCGAAGACAGUCUGAGCGAUCUGGAUCUAGCCGAAAACAAGCUGAAGCUAUUUCCUAUGGCUCCCAUGAGAAGACUCGAGAGCUUGGCUUCGCUCAGGCUGGCGUGGAACGAGAUAUCGGAACUACCCGACGACGGUUACAGUCUUCUUAGCUCCCUGUUGAUCCUCGAUUUAAGCAGCAACAAUUUUGAAAAACUGACCGAAGACUGCUUCAGGCCCUGCCAUCUCCACACUCUAUCUCUCUACUAUAAUUCCAUCGAGACCAUUCACAAAGACGCCUUCGUGUCGUUGAAGGAUCUAGAAUCGAUCGACCUGAGCCACAAUAAAAUCGUUUUCCUCGACGUGGCGACGUUUAAGGGAAACGAACGACUGCGCACGAUCGAGCUGAGCCAUAACCACAUUCACUACAUCGGCGGCGUGUUUGCGAGACUACCCGAGCUGAGAGAACUUUAUCUGGCGGAAAACAAUAUUCUUGAGAUCCCGGGAGAUGCGUUCGCCGGCAGCGUCAGUCUCGCAGUGGUGUAUCUACAGCAGAAUGCCAUCCGAAGGAUCGACGCCAAGGGUCUCACGAGUCUCACGCAGCUGGCCCAAUUGCAUUUGAGUAACAACUACAUCGAGAAGGUGCCGCGGGAAUUCCUUGAACACUGCGAGAACCUGUCGUCGCUCUCUCUAGAUGGUAACAAGAUCCGCGAGUUACAACCGGGCACCUUUAUCAAGCUGCAUCAGCUGCGCGAGCUGCGGCUGCAGGAUAAUCAUAUAACGGAGGUGAAGCGUGGCGUUUUCACGCCGCUUCCGGCGCUCCUCGAGCUUCAUCUGCAAAAUAACGCCAUUACCUCUAUGGAAACGGGCGCGCUGAGGACGCUGAAUAGCCUCCAGCACGUUAAUCUACAGGGCAAUCAAUUGACCAUGCUCGGCGACGUCUUUCAGCUCUCCGCCUCGGAGUCGUCUUCCGGCGGAAGCUCUUUGGUGUCCAUUCAGUUGGACAGCAACGGCCUGGCGGUGCUGCACAACGAUUCUCUGCGUGGCCAAGCGUCCGUCAGAAUCAUGUGGCUCGGUCACAACAAGUUGACACAUCUACAGGCGCCUCUCUUUAGGGAUCUCCUUUUAGUCGAGCGCCUUUAUCUGACGAACAAUUCCAUAUCCAGAAUCGAGGACGCCGCUUUUCAGCCGAUGCAGGCUUUGAAAUUUCUCGAGCUCAGCAUGAACAAGCUGAGUCACGUAACGGCGAGGACAUUUUCGGAGUUGCAUGAGCUCGAGGAGCUAUAUUUGCAAGAUAACGGUCUGAGGCGACUCGAUCCUUACGCGUUGACGGCUCUCAAGAAGCUAAAAGUACUGGAUCUGGCCAACAAUUAUCUCACCGUUUUGCAAGACGCGAUUUUUCAAGAGGACCUGCCGAUCAGAACGUUGAACUUGAAGAACUGCUCAAUAACCACGAUAGAGAACGGUGCCUUUCGUGGACUCAAUAAUUUAUUCGAUCUCAAUUUGGACGACAAUCUUCUUACAGCGUCGGCGCUUUUGCAUUUGCACGUCCCCGGUCUUCGAACACUGGCGGCAUCCGGCAACAAUUUUAGUCAGAUCACGGAACACUGUUUCAACGGAUUGCCGUCUUUGCAGGAGCUACUCUUGGACGAUUCGCAGAUAGGUCAGCUGCCGGAGACUAUCUUCGUGUUGAAUCGGAAUCUUGCGCGUUUACAUUUGAAUCGUAAUCAUCUGCGCACUCUACCCCCGGGAAUCUUUGAUAGAUUGCUAUCACUGCGGGAGAUACGUCUGGAUUACAAUCGACUUCAAGACAUCCCGUACUCGGCGCUGGCGAGUGCUCUUAAUCUCGAAAUUCUUACAUUGUCCACCAAUGAAAUCGUCAACGUCGACGUGGCCAGUUUCGCCAGCUUAAAGCAUUUGAGAGAGCUGGAUCUGAGUCAUAAUAAAAUCGAGACGAUGUCGGGCUUCGCGAUGGCAAAUUUAUCGCGUUUGAUAUCCGUGGAUCUCAGUUAUAAUAAUUUGAACGCCCUACCGGCGAAUUUCUUCGCGCAUUCGUCUUUGUUGCGAAGAGUCGAUCUGUCGGAAAAUAAAUUUCGACAAAUACCCGCGGUGGCUCUCUCGGGUCAGAAUCUUCCUAGUCUUGCAUGGCUGAAUCUCACCCGGAAUCCUCUAAAUAGGAUCCACGAUCUACCGUCAGAGGCGAUGUAUCCUAUUCUCCAGGAGGUGCACAUAUCCGGUACAAAUCUCAGUAUAGUGACCUCGCAAGAUUUCGAGGCUUUUCCGGCAUUGCUGCAUCUUUAUUUAGGUCAGAAUGGCAUUCUUCGAGUAUCACCAGGAGCGUUUCGAAGUCUGCCAAAUUUACUCACUCUUCAUCUCGGCAUGAACAGUCUAGAGAUUUUGCCAAAGGAGAGGCUCCAGGGUAUGGAACACUUGCGCAUACUCAAUUUAACGCAUAACCGUCUGAAAGAGCUCGAGGAGUUCCCGGAAGAUCUCAAAUCACUUCAAAUACUGGACCUGUCCUACAAUCAGAUCGGCAUCGUCGGCAAAGUGACGUUCAAGAAUUUAAUUAGCCUGGUCGAGCUGCAUCUUUACGGUAACUGGAUAAACGCCAUCUCCAGCGAAGCAUUCAGACCCCUGAAGAAGCUACGUCUACUUGACUUGAGUAGGAAUUACUUGGAGAAUUUGCCACUGAACGCUUUCCGGCCACUCGAAACGCAAAUAAGAAGCCUGCGGACCGAAGAGAACCCCUUACACUGCGGCUGCGAAUCGCAAGAGUUGUGGGAAUGGUUGAGGGACCAUCAGAAAUUGGUGAGCGGGGUCGGUGGUGGUCGUAGCCGCGGAAGAAAUGGCGUCGGAGUCGGUGACGUCGAGGGUGGUUUGUUAAGAUGCGAGCAGCCACCCGAGCUGCGGGGUCUGGUCUUCCUCGAUCUUGACCCCCACGCUUUCUGUUCCGCUCCGCUGGUCUUGAAGCUCGCGAUUCAGGACAUCCAGCCUUUUUCCGUUCUAGUAUCGUGGCAGAGCAGAAAUCAUUCCGGCCUCCAUGGAUAUCAAGUGGCGUAUCACUCCUUGGACAAUAUCGACGAGGUACGAGGUAAGCUGCUGGAUCCAAAGGCACGUUCGGUGAGAUUGACAAAGUUGGCGUCCGACACGCGCUACCUGAUCUGCGUACUUGGCUUGGGCAGCUGGGGUCCAGCAACUCCCAUCCCACAGGAUAUCGGUUCCUGGCAAUGGAACGCCUCGCACGACGACGUGAUCGAGGGAUCCUCGAUGCCCGUGAUGGUGAACUCGGCUACCAGUCGGUGCACCGAGGUCAGAACCUUGGACGCGCCUGAUUCGAUAGUGGGCGACGGUACCGUAAGCGAUCGGGGUGGCAUAGCGAGUAUCCUCACGAGACGACUAGGCCUGAUCGUAGGCAGCUGCAUGGGCUUCGUCGUCUUCGUCGUGCUGAUUUCGGUUCUGGGUUACAUGAAGAUGAAGAAGCAACGGGCGACGAUUAAGCGCGAUCAGCCACUGUCCUCGAAUCCGCCGGAGUACAUGUCUUACAGGCACUUCUCGUUGCAGAGCGGCGACAGGGCGGAAAAUGCGUGUCCCAGUUUCAUCAGCAACAUCGGACCGCCGCCUCUCGGCUCGUAGCAAAAGGCGAAGGAGUCUCGUAAAGAGGCCGCUCAACACGAGAUCGAGAUGAAAGCCAUGUCGACUUGCACCAGUAUCUAUAGCUAAUAAUUGCGCCCUGAAGAGAUGUAGUGAUGAUCGAUGAUACUAUACUUAUGUAUUGUCGAUGAAAAUGUGACAAGAAACCGGAGAUUCCGAUGUAACGUCGGGCCUUGGACUUAUUAGCGCGAUUAAUUGUUUCGAGCGAAUAAAUGGGAAACCAUCGAUUAAAUCGGUUAUAUCGUGAAACGAUGUGCGGUGUUCGUGAUAACUUUAUUCCGGCCGUGACGACGGCCGAUCGACCGUAAUCUCUUUUAUUUGCCGAACGUAAUCUAGAUAAGGACUUCGACACACACAACUAUUCGACUUUUUGUAGCGAAUGAUAAAAUCGAGCUACGCCGAAUCGCGCGGUUUUACAAUUUUUUAGUCGACAGCGAUAUUUCCAACGAUGUAGAGAAAUUUUUCUACUAUUUCAUCAAAAACGCUUACUAUCUUGCGACUAUCUCAGCUCAUCAUUGUACGAAAGAGAAAAAUGCGUCAAAGCAAAGUGCCAAAAAAAGAAACGCGUUUCUAAAUACAUUAUUGCUUUCAUCAGCAACGCAUUUUCUACCGCGAGAACAUCUUCUAAGAGCGACUUAAUCUCAUUAUCAUGCAUAUAUUGGCGAAGCUUAGGUGCGUUUAAAGCUUGUGCCAAAAGACGUGGGGAAACACGUGAAGAUCUGAAAAUUCCUCCCGCGAGAGAAUCAAACGCCUGCGAUAAACGAGCACUUUUGACAAGAGAUUCUUUUUUUUCUCACUAACAGAAAUAUUCUUCGCGAGAAGGAUCUUUUCUCGUUUACGACGUGUAUCAUGAAGAAAACCGGCUGUUAACGGCGAGUAAUUUAUACCGAAAAUCGAGCAACGACGUAUCAAUUCUCCUCCCACGAAACUUCGAAUCUCUCGUACGAGAAGACUGAUUUUUUAAGCCGUUUAAAACUUCCGAGACUCGUCUAAUCGUCUAUCGUGCGACAUUUUUUGUAAAUAACGCAUGAUAUCGCGGCAUAAUUAAUAUCCAAUAAAAUUCAUCUUUUUAAAAAGUGCUGCGCAAGCAAUAUUACACUUAUUCGUAUUCGAUAGUUCUAAUGAUCAGCACUAACGUAAUUAAGGGAAAACGCGAUCUGCGCAGUGAGAAGCUCACAUCGUCGUCCUUAAAAAUAUCGCAAUAGACAAGAUCUUGCGAACGAUCGCGAUCUAGCCUCUUCGAUUUUGAUAAAUAUCACGUUACCGGAGGCAGAUUCGCCACACUCGAACGAGCACAUCCGAAUUCUUGAAUUGUGGAAGACUAAGUGUGAUUCCUGCCAAACAAAAAGUAAAAAGAAAGAAAUAAUCGAUUCCAAGUUGCCAAAUGUUAAUUGUGUAUCGAAUAUCGUGAAAAAAAAAUCGGUUUAUUGUAUAUAGAUAGAAGAUAUAUAUACAUAUAGCAUUUUCUUUAUUAUAUAGUGUUUAGGCUUUCGGUUAAUAAAAAGUACCUUAAGGCUGUAA